AUGCACUGCACCCUCUACUCCGCGCAGCACAGCACUCUCCCCGCCCGCACGCAAAAGACCAAACUCGACAUCGCGCGCCAAUACGGGCUCGACGCGCGCGAUCUCCGCACCAUCGAUCUCCCAUCCGAGGGCCUCCCGCAAAUCCUCAUCCGGGAAUCGACGAUGUUGAUUAAUUUCUUUAAUUUACGGCUCCUCGUGCAGGCGGAUCAGGUGCUGCUGUUCCACGUGAAUGACACCGCGGGCCGCCGGGAGGAUAUCACCACGCACCGGGUUUUCGCGCACGACCUGGAGGGCAAGCUCCGGGGGGAUCCGGGGCUGGGCGUUUCUGCUAACUUGCCGUAUGAGCUGCGUGUGCUUGAGGCGGCGCUGGCGUCGGUUACUUCCACGCUGGAGGCGGAGUAUGUCAUGGCUAAGAAGGAGGUGGUCGAUACGCUGGAGACGCUGGAUAAGGAGGAGAGUCUUGUUCAUUCGAAACUGCGCAGUCUGCUGGAUCUUGCACGAACACUGGCGUAUAUCGAGCAGCGCGCGACGCAAGUGCGCAGUACGCUCCAGGACCUGCUCAACACCGACGAAGACAUGGCGGAGAUGUAUCUCAGCGAUAAGCGGGCUGGGAAGAGACACGCCAUCCAGGACCAUCAGGACGUCGAGUAUCUGCUUGAAGCGUACUACAAAGCUAGUGAUGGCGUUGUGCAGUCUGUGGGCAGUCUACUAGGGAAUAUCCGACGAACAGAAGAAACAACACAGUCUAUCCUCGACGUCCGACGCAAUCAAAUCAUGGUUCUCGAGGCGAAGAUUGAGAUUAUCAUGCUGGGGCUCGCAGCUGCGACGCUCGUGGCGGGUCUGUACGGUAUGAAUGUCGUCAAUUACUCGGAGGAGAGUGAGAUGGCAUUUGGAGUGUUGACUUUGUGCUGUGUGGUUGGGACGUUGGGGAUUACGCGGUAUGGGAUGAGGAGAUUGAAGCAUAUUCAAAAGGUGCAUUUGUAG